AUGUUAGAAUUCACAAUACUCUCAGUAUUUGCUGCCCUGCUCUUCGGAGGCGUCUUCAUUUACGUGGGCUCCUUCAGCCAGCUGAUAUACCUAUCGCAGGUGUUCCCGGACAAGAUCAAGAGUUUCCAGGCCAUCAACUGCUGGAGCAGUACCGUAGUGCCGCUGUCGAAGUUCAUCUUUAUGUUCACGUCCAGCUCUCGUCUCCGAAAAAUUAUGGAGUUGAGUCGCGAGGGGCUCACUGCUGUCUCUGAGAACAGCUCCGCUCACAAGCAAAUGUUGGCCAUCCUCCGCAAAGCCCAUAUGGUAUCCUGGCUGGUCAUCCUUAACCAGUGCUUCACGCAUUUUGUAUACCUCAUUUUGCCUGUUUUCUUCACUAUUUUGAGCAAUGAUCGAUAUUUGCCGACUAUGCCUGGUGACAUUUAUGGUAUCUUCUCGAAAUAUGAGAGCCCAUAUUACGAGAUAGCUUUUAUACUCACCAUUAUUGCCACCUUAUUCUCUGUAAUCAACCAGACUGGAUACAUUGUGCUAUUUGUCGUGCUCCUCGCUCAUGAACUUGGCCAUUUCUACGCCAUUUGCGAGAUCCUCAACGAAAUCCAUGGAAUCGUCUACAACCAAGAUUUAAUUUCGGAUGCAAUCAAAAACAAUGGUCAGAACGAAGAGAAAGAAUCCUCGCAAAUGAUGGCAACGGAACAUUCAUUAACGGAGAUACAGAAACCAAAGAAGAUCCAAGAGUUGCUGGUAUUCUGUGUGAAGCACCACCAGUUCAUAAUGAGAUUUCAUGCAAAGAUCGGGGAUCUGUACAAGGUCAUAUUCGGCGCGCACUUUUUGAUAAUGGUGAUAGUAUUGGUGACGACACUGCAAACGUUGAAUUCUUGGGGUUUGAUUAAUACUGCUUUGACAGGAUUGACUGCUGUGAUGCCAUUGGUGGUGUAUUGUUUUGGUGGAGAGAUGCUGAUAUCUUCUAGCCUAGCAAUGGCCGAUGCAGUGUAUGCUUGCGGUUGGGAGGGCAUGAGAGUAAAGCAGGCGAGGAUUGCACUACUCAUACUUUGUGUGGCGCAGCAUCCUUUGUACUAUACGGCAGCCGGAAUUUUCAUUAUGAAUAGAGAGACCUUUGGAGACGUGGCACAGGUUGUGUACAAAAUAUAUGCAGUAUUUAAUUAA